AUGCAUGAUGAACUAAAUGCUCUCCUCCCGCCCAGUCUGCUCCAACAGGCAGCAGAGAGCUGGAUGGCCUUAACCAAGACUGAGGAAGUGCCUGACUUUGGCAAGGCAGUGAAGAAAAUGCUCUUCUCACAUGACGAUAAAGUCUCUGCAAUACGACCCAAAGUAUGGCCUGCGUUGGAGUACAUUAGCAAACUGGGACCGGACCAUUUACCAGAUUGGUUUUCACUUUUGCCCCCAGUUGAUAGCCCUGAUUUUCCCACGCAGGCGCUGGGGCUGACAAUGGUACUGGACCAAGCUCCACGCAACUUCUUCCAGGGUAUAGAUCAAAGAUGGGUUGGCGGCUACUUCGAUGAUAUUUCCCUGGGCUUUGCGCGAUCGCUUCAGAAGCUCGCACCCGAUCUACGUCCAACCUCAUGGAGCCGCUGGAGGGACACCGCCAGUUUCGAAUACUUCAUCUUUGCACGGAUGAGUUUUAGUACCCCAUUUGUUCAUAACGAACAUGCAAGCGAGGAGGCGAUGGCGUUUACUGAUGAAACAAGAACUUAUAUUGAGGAGCGAUUCAAUGUCCGGGACCCCAUCCGGCAGCAGCCAGAAAGACGUUGGGAUUUGCUGGGAUUUCCCAAACUCAUCUCCUCUGGUGGUCCGGAGGGUGAUGUGGACAUUGUCAAGGGGGGGUUUUGGCUGUUGGAGCUAAUGGAUGUCCAUAAACCCCCUUUGGACGAAUUCGGCCGCUAUCCGUACAGAAACUGGCAUCUUGGACGAGAUAUGACGGCCGAGGAAGAGGCGUGGAUCCGAGAUGCUGACUUCUUCAAACCACCACCAGAAGAGGUCUGCAAAAAGAUCAAGGAGGAUAUUGAAGCAAAUAUCUGGUCGCCCCUUGGAAGCGGCGGGAAGCCAGAUAUUUAG